AUGGCGGCGGCGUUACCGAUAGCACUCUACGAUCUUCACAGCGGGAUCUACAUCCCCCCUGUGGGCCCUGCUAGGGUAGUGGCAACGGUCCGCCAGAAAACGAUUAGCCGCUUGAAAAGACUCUUCCCGCAGUUAUUCGCUCUAUCAAAUCCGGGUCCCCCCAAUCUUUCCCUGGAGAUUAUCCUUAUGAUAGCAGAAUAUUUCGAUAAAUGCACCUUGCGUCUGGAAUGCAAGAAAGACCCAGAUCGGCGCUUCUGUUUUCCAUUUUGCGGCUAUAUACCUUACCAUCAUAUGCGCUUGGUCAUGAACCGACAUUUUUAUGGACCCGAACACGGCUUGCCUCUCCAGGCACUCAGUGAACGACAGAAUUACCAAACUCACGAGUACGAAGUCGAAUGCUCAAUAUCGCAGCAUGCACGCAUCUUUGGCGAUGAACUUCUAGUACUGACAGUCAUAUCUAUGACGCAGCUCAGAGGUGACUUGGUAUUACUUAGAAGCCACGUCGAAUCUUUUGGGGGUUCAGUAUGCCAGCACCUCACCAUUUCGCAAAGAUCUCCUGUCUGCAUUCCCAUACAGUUUCCUGAGCUUGCUAAGAAGGGAAACGCAUCAGGUUCAUUCCCGGCCUGCGGGCCUAUGUACGGGUCCUGUACUUCCUGUCUAACAUAUUACAGCAUCAAUAUAACUUGGCAAGGUUUGGAAAAGGGAUACAGCAUCGAGGUGCUAGUGUAUCGCGGGUUGGGUGACUGUCGAACGCCAGAGAGCUGGUAUUGGCGUACGAUGGCGAGGUGGGAUCCGAGUGAGAAAAGUAGAUCAGCUUAUUCGCCACAUAACCCACCUGGAAGUAUUAGGGACAGAUGGGAUGAGGCUGGUGGUGUAGCAGAGAUCACUGAUGGCGCAUGGCGGAGAGCCUCACGAGCAGCUGGGUUGGGUUAGUACAUCGCGC